AUGGCUUCUGUCAAUCCUUAUGGCAAACUGAAUGAAGCAGAACAAGAGAGGCUCGUGGCACGUAGAAAUACGAGACGAAGAAUCACAAUCAUUGGCGUAUCUUCCAUUGUUUUUGUAGCUGUUAUUGUGGCUACUGUGGUUGGAGUGACUCAAAGCAAAAAUGGCAAAUCCGAGGGCCAAAAUAAGUCCAUAUCUUCUGAUAUCAAAGCUUUGUGCAAUGUUACUUUGUAUCCAGAUUCAUGUUACAAUAGCAUGACUCCUAUGGUGAAGUCUGGCAAUGUCAAGCCAGAAUAUAUCUACAAUUUGGCUGUCCAAGUUGCGAUAAACGAGCUUUCUAAGGCCUCGAAAGAUUUCUUUGACAAUGGAAUCAAGAAAUUCAAUAUCACAGAUCAGAUGACAGUUGCAGCAUUGGAAAGUUGCCAGGAAUUGAUUUCUCUUGCAUUGGAUCAUCUUAAUGAUUCACUGUCCACAGAGGACAUGAAAAUGUUUGAGGCCUUUGAAGAUCUCAGGACAUGGUUGAGUUCUGCGGGUACUUAUCAGCAGACAUGCAUUGAUGGCCUUGAAAAUUCAUCAAAUGGGUUACACAGUAUUCUGGUUCAAAACCUUAAGAAUUCCACUGAAUAUACUAGCAAUAGUCUGGCAAUCAUUAGCGCAAUAGAAGACUCAAUUUAUUCAUUGGGUGGGAUUGGAAGGCGUCGUUUGAUGAGUUUCAACGGUGAUGAAGCGCCGAAUUGGUUGUCAUUUAAGGACAGGAAGCUUUUACAAGCUCCAAGUUCAAAGAUAAAGGCAGAUGCCGUGGUGGCGAAAGAUGGCUCUGGAAAAUACAAGACAAUUUCAGCUGCCCUUAAAGCUGUGCCUGAGAAGAGUAAGAAGAGAUUCGUCAUCUAUGUGAAGAGGGGAGUUUACUUUGAAAAUGUUAGAGUUGAGAAGAAGAAAUGGAACGUCAUGAUCAUUGGUGAUGGAAAGGAUGCAACCAUUGUUUCUGGCAGCCUCAAUUUUGUUGAUGGAACUCCCACAUUUCAAUCUGCAACAUUUGCUGUGUUUGGCCAAGGAUUUAUAGCCCGAGACAUGGGAUUUCGCAACACUGCUGGAGCUGCCAAGCAUCAGGCAGUGGCCUUGAUGUCGACUGCUGAUCUCUCCGUCUUCUUCCGAUGCAGCAUGGAUGCAUUCCAAGACACUCUCUACCCAAAUUCCAAUCGCCAAUUCUACCGUGAAUGCAACAUAUAUGGCACAGUCGAUUUCAUCUUCGGGAAUGCUGCAGUUGUGAUCCAGAACUGCAACAUUCUCCCCAAGAAGCCCAUGCCUGGCCAACAGAACACCAUCACUGCACAAGGCAAGAUCGACCCGAAUCAGAACACCGGAAUUUCGAUUCAAAACUGCACCAUUUUGCCUGCAGGAAAUCUCACUGGAGUCAACACAUUCUUGGGGAGGCCUUGGAAAAAUUACUCCACGACUGUCUACAUGCAAAGCAUGAUGGGAACAUUCAUUGAUCCAAAGGGGUGGUUGCCAUGGGUGGGCACUGGUGCACCAAACACCAUAUUUUAUGCUGAGUUCCAGAAUUUUGGCCCUGGAGCUGUUACCAAGAAUAGGGUCGAAUGGAAAGGCUUGAAGCUUAAUCUUAGUGCUAGCCAAGCUAAAAAGUUCUCAGUUAAUUCAUUUAUUGAUGGGCAAAAAUGGCUUCCAGCUACAGGUGUAAGCUUCAAAUCUGGGCUUUGA